AUGAAAAAAUCCCGGAGAGAAGUGAUUAAUCUAGUUUUUUAUAAGAUAUGGGACUGCUUCAGCCUUCAAAAGAAUUUAUCGAGCUUGCUCAAGAUCGACACGAGGUCCAGGGAACUGGCAUGCCUUGACGGGCUUCGCGUUCUGAGCCAAUUUGUCGUUGUGUGGUGCCAUGUCGUCGUCGAUGGGUUCAACCUUAAAUAUCCAGCUUUAAACAAGUUUUCUUAUUACGAGAUGUUGAAAGAUUUGUUUUACACCCCAAAUAAUAGCAAGUGCUCCACGGUCUACUUGUGUGAUGAGUUCCUCUGUGGCAUCAAGAGUAGUAAAGAUCUCAGUGCCACGGGGGAACGCAAGCGAUUGGACGCUCUGAACCUUCAGGCUCACUAUGAAACAAUACGGCUCAGAACCUAUCGUGCGACCGUCUGCAGCGAGGAUUAG